AUGGAACCAGAAGAAUUUGAAUUUCCAUUUCCACCAUAUCCCAUUCAAAUAGAUUUCAUGAAAAAUCUAUGGAAAUGUCUAAAUGAAGGUAAACUUGGAAUAUUUGAAAGUCCAACUGGAACUGGUAAAUCAUUAUCAAUAAUUUGUGGUGCAUUAAAAUGGCUAGUUGAUUAUGAAGAAAAUAAUAAAUCUAAUUUACAAAUACAAAUGAAACAACUUAAUGAUGAGUUAAAAAAAAUAACUGACGAGUCAAAAGGUGACUGGUUUGUUGAGCAAACUGGUCAAAUGAAAAUUAAACAAAAACAACAAAUUAUCAAGGAUCAAUUGGAUGCUCUUGAACGUCACAACAAAUUAGAUGAAGAUGAUUCACUAGAAAAAAAUGAUAUUGAUCAAGAUUUAUUGCUAGAAGACUUGAAUAUAAAUUCAGAUGAUGAUAAAGAUGAAGAAGAAGAAGAACUUGAAACAGCCAGGUAUACACAAUUUUUUUUUUGUUCACGUACUCAUUCACAAUUAACACAAUUCAUUGGUGAAUUAAAAAAUAGUCCAUAUGCUGAUAAAGUAUCAUCAGUACCAUUAUCAUCACGUCAAAAUUAUUGCAUUAAUAAAACAGUUAAAAAAUUAAAACAUGUUAAUCUUAUAAAUGAACGUAAUCAGUCUUUAUUGAUUGCUGAUAUUGUAACAAAGAUUCAAGACAUUGAAGAGAUUGGUAGUAAUGCUAAAGAGUUGGAAACAUGUGCUUAUUAUGCAUCAAGAAGAUCAUUGCCAGAUAGUCAAGUUAUUUUAUUACCAUACAAUACAAUUCUUCAUGCAAAUACAAGAAAAAGUUCUGGUAUAAAUUUAAAAAAUAAUGUUAUAAUAAUUGAUGAAGCUCAUAAUCUUUUAGAAGCUAUUGAACGUAUGCACAGUUCACAAAUAACAGGUAGAAAUAUUUUACACUGUUAUAAUCAAUUAACACAGUAUCAAAAAAGAUUUGAAAAUUUAUUCUCAGCAAAAAGUGUACUUAGUCUUUCACAAUUAAGUUAUUGUCUUAAAAAAUUAAUUAAAAUACUUGGUGGUACAUCAAGAUCACAGCUGACAGAUGAAAUUAAAGAUGAAAUACCAUCAAAAGUAUUUAACAUUGAAGAUUUUGAAGCAGUUGCUGAAAUUGAUACAAUUAAUAUUUUUCAUCUUAUUGAUUUUAUAAAUCAAUCAAAACUCAUUCACAAGCUUCAGGGUUUUGUUGAAAAAUACAGUGAUGAUUUAAAAGUACAAAAUAUUCCAAAAAAGGCUGAAGGUAUAUCAGCAUUUUUAAAUAGUCUUCAGGGUAAAGAUGAACAGCUGAAUACAGAAAUUAUUAUUGAACAAAAAAAAGAAGAAGAGAUAUCAAAUAAUCCAUUGAUUUUAAUCAUUAGUUUUUUGGAAUCGUUGAAAAGUUGCAGCAGUGAUGGAAGAAUUUUUGUGAUACCUGGUAAAACUGUUGGACAAGGUGUUAUUAAAUUUCUCUUGAUGAAUCCAGCUGCUCACUUUCAUGAUAUUGUUAAAGAAGCCAAGUCAGUAAUUUUAGCUGGUGGAACAAUGGAACCAAUAUCAGAAUUUCGAGAUCAAUUAUUUAUUGGAGCUGGUGCUGAAUCAGAAAGAAUUAUGACAUUUUCAUGUGAUCAUGUUGUUCCAAAAGAAAAUAUAUUAACAAGAAUUUUGUGCAAAGGACCAACAGGUGUUUCGCUAGAAUUUAAUUAUCAAAAUCGACAAAAUCCAAAAUUACUUGAUGAACUUGGUAGAAUUUUACAAAAUUUAUGUAACAUUAUACCUGGUGGUAUGGUUGUAUUUUUACCAUCAUAUGGAUACGAAGAGCAUUUAUCAAAACAUCUUGAAAAAUCAGGUGUACUUGCUAAAAUUAAAAUUAAAAAAAAAAUUUAUCGUGAGCCUAAAACAGCAUCAGGUGUUAAUGCUGUAUUAGAAGGUUUUGCUAGAGAUGUUAAAUCACCAAAAAUUCCUCAAACUGGUGCAUUGCUUUUUAGUGUUGUUGGUGGAAAACUCAGUGAAGGUCUUAAUUUUUCUGAUGACUUGGGUCGUUGUGUAAUUGUCGUAGGAAUGCCUUAUCCAAAUAUUAAAUCACCAGAGCUUCAAGAAAAAAUUAAAUACUUGAAUGAAAAUUUAAAGCCUGGUGCUGGUAAUGAGUAUUAUGAAAAUUCAUGUAUGAAAGCGGUCAAUCAAUGUAUUGGUCGUGCUGUUAGACACAUCAAUGAUUAUUCAACUAACACUAGAGGUUCACAAUGA